AGCGUUGUGUGUCGUCGGACCCGGACGGCGGACGUCGUCAGCGGUCAGUAGCAACGGUUUAGUUCGUCCAUCAGAGCAAAUCAGGUUAUAAGGUUAGAAUUCAAGCAAGUAGUAGCGCAGUUUUUAAUAAUAAAAAAAGCAAUAAUCUUGUUUGGCAAUCUGUAAAACAUCCGGACCGAACGAAGUCAAUAUAAACAAGAGUGAACAGCAAAAUGGCAAAGAAAACUUAUGACUUGCUGUUCAAGUUACUGCUCAUCGGCGACAGUGGUGUUGGCAAAACAUGUAUUCUCUUCCGUUUCUCCGAUGACGCCUUCUCGACUACUUUCAUCUCCACCAUAGGUAUAGAUUUCAAAAUAAAGACUGUGGAACUCAGGGGAAAGAAAAUUAAGCUUCAAAUAUGGGACACAGCUGGACAAGAAAGAUUCCACACUAUCACCACAUCAUAUUACAGGGGUGCAAUGGGAAUAAUGUUAGUUUAUGAUAUUACAAAUGAAAAGACAUUUGAAAAUAUAGUGAACUGGUUGAGGAAUAUAGAUGAGCAUGCGAAUGAAAAUGUAGAAAAAAUGAUUUUGGGAAACAAAAGUGACAUGGAAGAUAGGCGUGAAGUUAGUACUGAGCGAGGUGAAGCAAUAGCUCGCGAGCAUGGGAUCCGUUUCAUGGAGACCUCAGCGAAGGCGAAUAUCAAUAUUGAUCGAGCGUUCCGUGAAUUAGCCGAGGCAAUACUUGACAAGACUCAAGGCAAGGAACCUCAUGAACAACCUGAUCGCGUGCAAGUUGAUCGAAGAUUUGAAAGGGCAGCUAAUCGUUGCUGUUGAAUCGGCAAACGAUUGAGUCCGUAGCUUUGUAAGGAUACUUCCAGCAUUAUUGCUUUCAUUUUUCUCGCGGUGGACACAACGAAAGUUUUACUUCUGUGUUUCUUUCUUUUUUAUAAAGCUACUGGAUUCAAUAACUGUUUUUACAUUAAUUUAACUAGAUUAAUUGAAUGGUUUUUUGCUCAUAGUGCAUUGUAAUUAUAUAAAAAUAUCUCUUUUACAUGUGAUUAACUCUUAGGCUUAAAAUAUCGAUCUGAAUUUUACUCGUGCUGAACGUGUUGGAAUAUAAAAAAGAUCAUUUCUAAACGUGUUUGAAAAGAAAAAAAGGAUACUAAUAACUUUGCAAUGUUUUUUAUAUUUGUAAACUACGAUGUUUCCUUAACAGGAUAAACCAUAAAAAAAUGAAACAAAGUAUAUCAUUAGACAAAAUUUGACUUAAAAUUACGUACAUAUUAUUUAAGUUUUAGCUUUAGUAAAUGCGUUAUUGCACGAUUGCUUACUGUACAUUGUCAUAACUGACCACUUGAACCAAACUGGGAAAGUUUAUUUGGCGCAUGAAAAUUCCUAAGCUAAAGAUUGCUGCAUCGAAGACUUUCCGAAAUACUAUAUUAAAGAACUGAAAAUGUGAUUUUUAGAUAUCUGUAUCACUUUUCCCAUACGUAGUAUUAUACGUCAAGUGGUUGACUAGCAAUUUUUAGUCGUAUUUACUACCUCUUAAGAAUUUGUUUUUACAACAAAGAUAAAUACUUUAAAUCAUCUUCGAAUCAACUAAAUUGUUACUUAUUUUCGAUUUAAAUCACGUGUACAUAUUCAUUGUAUAACGCGAAACAAUUGCUAAACGUAUAAAGUUAUUUACAAGAAAAUAUUUUUUUAAAAACACUUCAAGAGAACAUUUUUUGCAAAAUAAUUGUUAAGUGCCACCGAAAGAAACAUAUUAAUACACUUUUUAAAAACUUUGGAUAACGUAAUCUCAACAAAAAAAGUUAUUAGUAAUUCGUGAAUUAGUAAUUCGUUUAGUAAUUUGUGAAUUAAUUAUCUCUAUUAUCUCUAUUAGUAAUUCGUGAAUUAAAAAAAAGAGUGAGAAUUCAAUGUAUGUUGUACGUUUUCUACGCGUAUUACGAAAAGUAUGGAUUAAAGAAAGUAUCAGAUGGUGCAUAUGAAGUAACCAAGCAAUUAGUGAAUCUUGUUUUGUUCAACAAAGGCAUUUUAUUGUUGAAAAUUAAAUCUUCAUCUACACACCAACUGUUUUGUCGAGCUGCUUUGCUUGUAAAAUGCAUCAAAGCAUGUUUUUAUUUAUUUAUUUAUUAUUAAAAAUCUGUCUUUUAUACAUAUUUUUACACGAUGCAAUAUGCGACGCAAGGCAAUAGAAAAGCGUCAAUUUGUAUUGAUAAAAAGGUGAAGAAAUAGCAUUUUCAAAUCAUUUGUAUUUUAUAAUAUUGACUUGUUGCAAUUUUUUUGUGUAACCGAUGAGGUGCAAUCUGCCGCUCGAAAAGCGGGCCGAUUGACGAAUAUUUAAAAAAAAUGGUUUAAUCCUCGUCGCGCCUGUUUUUCAACGUGCAUAAUAAAGUAAAAUUCCAAAAACUAUGACUUUGUUAUUGAAUUUCUUGUUCUUUGAUGAAACCUUUCGUUUCUUAAAAAUAUUGAUUAUAACUUUUUGUUCUCAUUAAUUUUUUAUAAAUACGGGUAUAUAUUUUUAAUUGAAGAUAGGCCCUAGUUCACUUAUAAAUGUGUGUGUGUGUGUGCGCGCGCACGCGCGUGUGUAUGCGUGUAAAACUUAAUAUUAAAAAUGGCUAAAACAUAUUGAAAUGUCUUUAUUUCAAUAAUAAACUAAGAACAGUAUAGUGUAAAAAAAAUCACUCAUUUCGAGAAUUAAUUUUUUAAUAAAAUAAUGAAGUUGUGGUAAACAUGAAGAAAAAUAUUCAUCGUACACUUACGCGAAAAAUUUGAUAGUCAUAACCAACUUAGAAACGUGUCUAAAGUAGUUGAGUACAUAAUAUACAAUAAGUAUUAAUUAAUACAUUUAUUAUGUGAAUGAAUACUACUCAUGUUUGAUAUAACAUGUGAUAUAAAAAUACGUUAUAAGGUCUAUUAUUAAUCAAUGGUGAUUAUAAACAUUUCAUGCCUCUGCAUGUAUAUAAACAAAUAAUGAACGAUAAUAAUAGUAGUAAACAUAUACAUGAUUAGGAACGUUGAAAAUUAUUUGAUUAUGAAGAGCGAUAUUUUAAACGUUUGGAGGAGCCAAUAGUAUAUUAUAUAUUUUUUAAUAGUUGUAAUUAAAUAUUCUUACGAAAAAACAGUAUUCGCAAAUCUAAUUUUUCUUCGUAUUGAAUUAAAAAAAGGAUAUUUAUUUGUGAUAUAUUUCCUAGAGUAAAUUGAAGCACUACAAUUUAAAUGGACUUGUUCGGGUACAAAAUAUCGAAUUUAAAUAAUUCAUUAUUGUUUUUAAUUAAUAAUUGUAUUAUUUUAAUGCGACUUAUGAUUAGCAAUUCACUUUCGGUAUCUAUGAGAACCAUACUUCAAACAAAAUAAUAAAUAAUGCGGCACACUUGCAACGUUCAACAAAAAAUUUUUUUAAUGUUUACACUCUUUCUCAUCAUUGCUUACAAAUACAAAUCUUAAAUUAAACUUUGUUUUGCUGCUUGCAUUAUCGUUUCUUUUCCUAAAUAAACAAAAAAAACGAUACUGUAUCAACUCCAGAUACUUGAUGUACAUACGUAUUGUUAAAACUUGUAGGACGUUUUCAUUACUCAUUUCUGUUAUGUAACCCUGGUUAAAAUCCGUUAUCGAUUAACACAAACAAAAAAUUAAUAACUUAAUGUUGUCAAGUAAAAUAAGAAAAAAAUCAAGCAAACAUUAAAAAGCAAUAAAUAAAAAGAAAUAAAGAUCACUCACGAGGGUAAAUUUUUGGAUUUUAACCAGGGUUAUAUUAUCAUAUAUAUAAAAAAAACUCACUAAAUGAAUUGCUCCAUCUGACAAUUUGACUUAUCAUGUCACAUAUC